CAAGUUGAAAAUGAAGGAGCGGUGAAGAGGAAGAAGAAAAGGAACUUGCUGGCUGGCUAACUACUUUAGCAUUCUUCUGGUUUUAGCGUUCUGAUAAUGGCGCCUUUAGACCUUGAUAAGUACGUUGACAUAGCGAGGCACUGCAAAUACCUCCCGGAAAACGAUUUAAAGAGGUUAUGUGACUAUGUAUGCGACUUACUGCUGGAAGAAUCAAAUGUUCAGCCCGUCUCGACUCCAGUUACUGUUUGUGGAGAUAUUCAUGGUCAGUUUUAUGAUCUUUGUGAGCUCUUCAGAACUGGAGGCCAAGUUCCUGACACAAAUUACAUUUUCAUGGGAGACUUUGUAGACAGAGGAUAUUAUAGCUUGGAGACAUUUACACAUCUGCUAGCUUUAAAAGCCAAGUGGCCGGAUCGUAUCACACUUCUACGUGGAAACCACGAAAGCAGACAAAUAACUCAAGUGUACGGCUUUUAUGAUGAGUGCCAAACAAAAUAUGGAAAUGCAAAUGCCUGGAGGUAUUGCACCAAAGUGUUUGACAUGCUGACUGUGGCAGCUUUGAUAGAUGAGCAGGUCCUGUGUGUCCACGGUGGUCUUUCACCUGACAUCAAGACACUGGACCAGAUCCGCACCAUUGAACGCAACCAGGAGAUCCCCCACAAGGGCGCCUUCUGUGACCUGGUGUGGUCGGACCCAGAGGACGUGGACACCUGGGCCAUCAGUCCUCGAGGGGCCGGCUGGCUGUUUGGCUCCAAGGUUACCAAUGAGUUUGUGCACAUCAACAAUCUGAAGCUCAUCUGCCGUGCACAUCAGCUGGUUCAUGAAGGCUACAAGUUCAUGUUUGACGAGAAGCUGGUGACCGUGUGGUCGGCGCCAAACUACUGCUACCGCUGCGGGAACAUCGCGUCCAUCAUGGUCUUCAAGGACGUCAACAGACGAGAGCCCAAGCUGUUCCGUGCUGUGCCCGACUCGGAGCGCGUCAUACCCCCCCGAACAACCACCCCCUACUUCCUCUAAGGACUGGAGCCAGCUCUCUCUGCUCUCCCCCCUCUGGAGAUCUCUCAAACUUAGUAGCUGAUUUUAAGAAGUUCUUGGAGGUAACGUCAGGUCUACCACAUCUUGAGUAACACAUGGCUUCUUCCCAGUCUGCACCACUCAUGAUGUUCUGUCGUAAAAGAAAAAACACCCUCCUCUACACCCAAUGAGAAAAUGAUACCUUUUAAAUGUCUUCAUAUUUUAAUGAUAAAAAAUGUUGAAUGCUUUAAUUCUUCUGUUGUGUAUCCCACUGAAGCAAAUAAAACAUUUAAACUGGUGAUAACUGCCAAUAAUACAUGUUCAAAUAAAGUGAUAUAUAUUUUAUUA